AUGGCCACGACCGUCUAUCUACCCGAUCUGGAGGCCGGCUGGCUAUGGCCUCGUCGACUCAACAUCCACACGGCCGAGAUCAAACAGGAAUGCCUCAAGUGGGUGGCUAGUUUCGGGGCUUUCACUCCGCAAGCACAACAGACCUUCGACAAAUGUAACUUCAAUUUGCUGGCGGGUCUCAUGUACCCACGAUUGACGAGAGAGCAGCUGAGGUGCGCGUGUGACGUUAUGAACCUCUUCUUCAUCUUUGACGAGCAUUCCGAUCGAUCCGAACCGGCCGAUGUAUGGAAUCAAGUCGACCAAUGGGUCGGCGGUGAGAUUGCGCGACAGUUUUGGAUCCGAGCGACUACCAUCUCAACGAACUCAUUCCAGCGGCGGUUCCUUGCAAGCUGGGAACACUACCUGAAGGGAACCGCACAACAAGCGGAAGAUAGGUCGCGCUCACACAUCUGUACCGUUUCCAGCUAUCUCGAGGUUCGGCGGCAAACCAUCGGAGUGAUGCCCUCUCUAGCCUUCUUCCAGAUGGGAAUGGACUUGACAGAUGAGGUGCUGACGCAUCGCACUAUUAGAGCAUUGGAAAUGCUCGCGGUGGAUCUUACCAUCAUUGCCAAUGAUGUGCUGUCAUAUGACAAGAAGCAAGCCUCUGGCGACGAUGAACAUAACCUCAUCACUAUCGUUAUGAAAGAAUUCCAUUGCAAUUUACAGCAAGCGAUUGAUUGGGCCGCCAAGGCUCACGCAGAGCUGGUGCAGCAAUUUAAUCAGACGGUUCUGGUAGUGCCUCGAUGGGGUGGUCCUGUCGACCUGGAUGUCCAAAUAUAUGUGGACGGCAUUGCACAAUGGGUUGGUGCUAAUGUCCAAUGGAGUUUCGAAAGCGAGAGAUACUUUGGUAAACGCGGUCUCGAAAUCAAGAAGACCCGGAUCCUACAGCUGCUGACCCCGAAAGUGAAGGCGGAAGCCGAGAUCGGACCAUUUGCUGUCGACAAUCUGUUGUACCAGGAGCUUGACGAAAUCCUACCUGGACUGUUGGAGAUGGUGCGAAGUUUCUGA